AUGGCGGAUGAAACUAAAUUAAGUGUUGCUGAUUCAACUGGUAGCAUACCUCAUACAGAUGAUACUGAUAGCAAUGAUAACUCACUUGACACCCAGUUGUCAUUUGCAACUGGUGAACACUGUUGUGCAAUCUCUUAUUCAGAGCCAAAAGCGGCCAUGACAAUUGCUGAUUCAACCAGAAUUCCAAGUCCAGCCAGGCUAGAGGGGAAAUAUAGUGGAAUGGUGGUAUGUUGGAUUCUUGGACUUGGGUCUCUUGUUUCUUGGAAUAGUAUGCUCACUAUUGGAGAUUACUAUUAUGAACUCUUUCCGAAAUACCAUCCUUCAAGGGUGCUCACAAUCAUUUAUCAACCGUUUGCACUUGCAACAAUUGCAAUUCUUGCACAUAAUGAGGCAAAGAUUGACACAAGAAAGCGCAACUUAACCGGAUAUACCAUGUUCUUCUCAACAACAUUAGCACUCCUAGUGUUAGAUUUGGCCACAUCAGGAAAGGGUGGUUUAGGAAGUUACAUUGGUAUAUGUGCUUUAGUUGCUGCUUUUGGAGUUGCAGAUGCUUUAGUUAAAGGUGGCAUGGUGGGAGAUUUAUCCUUCAUGUGCCCUGAAUUCAUCCAAUCAUUCUUAGCUGGUUUGGGUGCCUCUGGAGCUCUUACUGCUGCACUAAGGCUGAUUACUAAAGCAGCCUUUGAAAGGGCUACUAACGGUCUUCGCAAAGGACUGCCAAUCGUUAAGUACUACCGCACAAAGGCAGCUAAAGAAGGAUCAGAAACUGUUGCAGCAGACCUAGCGGCAGCCGGCAUUCAGAAGGAAACUGCUGAUAGUGAUGAUAAUAAUGCUAAACAAUUGGAGCGCCUCAGCAACAAAAAAUUGAUCUUCCAGAACAUUGACUGCAUGUUGGACAUGUACUUGAUUUAUGUCUUAACUUUCUCAAUUUUCCCUGGAUUCCUCUACGAGAAUACUGGUUCCCACAACUUAGGAUCAUGUGUACCUCCACUUAAACUUCACGCUUUGAACUUGAAAUAA